AUGGACGACGAGCGCCUCGGCGACGACCUAGCCGCAUGGGCAUGCUUCCGCCUCGACCGCCUCCGCCCCGGUCUGCGCAUGCUGCACCUCUACGACUCGAACGGUGUCAUCACAAAGGGCGUGUUGCUGGUUAGGAUUAGGAAGACGGAGUAA